UAAUCAAUCAAUUUCAGAAGAUAUUGAAGAAAAUAUAGAGCCAUCAUUUUUACCAAAAAAGAAACAUCAUAUGUAUCCAAGUUUUCAAUUAAACUUAGACUCGACAAAUAAAAGUAGUGAUGAAGAAAAGUUUGAAAAAAUAGAUGAAGAAUUAAAUGAUAAAUUAGUUAAGCAAUUCAAUGAAGAAUCAGGCGAAGAACAGCCAAAUUAUCAU